AACAUACCCUUGAGAUACCGCCAAUUAUGCCACUCCUUCCAAAAUUCCCGCCCGGUGCUAGCCCGCCAUGGCCUAAAUAUCUGUGGUGUUGCCUGAGGCUCCUCUUGACUGAGCCCGCCUACAUAUGGUUGCUCGCCUCUCCAGUUAUCUUCGUUGAUGCGAUCGUUACCCAACUGAUUAUACGCUACAUUCCAUACACAGAAAUCGAUUGGAGGACUUACAUGAGCCAAGUGGAGCUGUAUAUCAAAGGAGUACGCGAUUACAGCCUUAUAGAAGGACCCACGGGGCCGCUUGUAUACCCAGCAGGCCACGUCUAUGUCCAUGAAUUCCUAUAUUUGCUCACCGGCAAAGGGUCGAACGUUGGGCUCAGUCAACAGAUCUAUGCCCUUCUAUACAUUCUCAGCCUCAUCAUCAUGUGCUCCAUCUAUAGGCAGACUAGAGGUGUGCCCAACUGGCUCGUGCUGCUGCUUCCUCUAAGCAAAAGGCUUCACUCUAUCUUCGUUCUACGCCUAUUCAACGAUUGCUGGUCUGUGGUGGCCGUCGAGGCUGCUGUCUUAGCUUAUCAGAGAGGUCGUGAUGACCUCGGGACCAUCCUAUUCAGUGCUGCCCUGUCAGUGAAGAUGUCGGCUCUCCUCUUCCUCCCGGGUGUUCUCGUUAUUUUGUUCAAGCGCCACGGACUGUUACAGACGCUGAGACAUGUCGCGCUUCUCAUGAUAACCCAGGUUCUCAUAGCUUCCCCUUUCCUCGUGGAGAAUUCAUGGGCAUAUACGACUCGAGCUUUCGAGUUUUCGCGAGUAUUUCUGUACAGAUGGACAGUUAACUGGCGUUUUGUCGACGAAACUACAUUCUUGAGUCCAGGAUGGGCGCGAGGGCUUUUACUAGGUCACAUCACGGUUUUGUGUGGUUUUGGUCUUGUCAAGUGGUGUCGAAGAGAUGGUGGCGUAUGGGCGAUUUUGAGCAGGGGCCUCCGUCGACCGACUCUCCCUGCCCACUUAGCGCCUGUCACAGCUGACCAUGUAGCCACAAUCCUCUUCACCUCGAACUUAAUCGGCAUUCUUUUUGCUCGCUCUUUGCAUUACCAGUUCUACGCAUGGUACGCGCAACAAUUGCCCUUUCUGGCGUGGAGAACCAGAUACCCGAUUGCACUCAAGAUUGGCUUACUGAUGUCCAUUGAAUAUUGCUGGAAUGUCUACCCAUCAACACCGCUAUCGUCCGGUCUCCUAGCUUUGGGAAAUGCUGCGUUGGUGGUUGGUAUAUGGUUCGGCUACUCGGAAGGCAAGGACGGACGCUAGCACAAUAGAUUACCUACCGUCCUGUAUCAAUAACGUAGGUUGUGCAUCACCAGUGUUGUCUACGGCG